AUGGACGACAUCAGCCCGACAGGCAUUUCAUUCGAGAUUGCAUUGUCAUUCCUUCUUAAUGAUUCAGCAGUGCACCUCGUUUUUUCUCUCCUUAUUUUGUUUUAUAGUCUUGAUUUCUUUUAUUGCUUCUUUCUCGGUGCAAAGCUUUUACUUUUCUUUCUUUCUUUCUUUCUUUCUUUCUUUCUUUCUCAAAAGAAUUUAUUUCACUCCAUAGUGAAAAUCAUUUCUAUUUUCAUUCAAUCAUUUCUCCCUCUUUCUCUAUUUCUUUGUUUCUUUCUUUCCUUAAAUUGUUCUUUUAUCCUUUCUUUUUCUUUAUCUUUCCUUAGAGGAAUUUUAUUGUAUCUAUUGUAUUCUUUCUUUCUUUCUAUCUUUCUUUUUUUCUUUCUUUCUUUUUUUUUCUUUCAGCAAUUCUUUCACGUUUUCUUUCAAAGAAAUGUUUUUGUUUCUUGUCAGUUGUUUGUUUCUUGGUUUCAUUCAUUAUUUAAUGAAUUCUUAAUCCGUUUCUUUUUUUCAUUUAUUCGCUGGAUAAAUUUAUUAAUCUUUCUUUCUUUUAAUUUCUUUCUUUUUUUCUUUCUUCUUUGCGUUCUUUUUUCUUUCUUUUUUUUCUUUCUAUCUUUUCUUUUUUUUAAUAUGUUCCUUCUUCUUUUAAUAGAAAUUUAUUCGUCUCGUAUGAGUUCGUUCUUUUCUUUCUUUCUUUCUGUAGAUUUCCAUGUUUUCUUUUUUACUCUUUUCUUCAGUCUUUGUCCUCAUUCUGAUUUCUUCCUUUCUUUCAUUUUUAUUUUAUUUUAUUUCUUUCGUUCGUUCUUUCUAUUCUGUUUAACUAGCUCUUUCUUUUUUUUCUUUUUAACUAGAUUUCUUUCUUUCUAUUUAACUAGCUCUUUCCUUCUUUCUUGUUUUCUUUAUAUUCUCUCUUUCUAUCUUUUUUCUUUCUUUCUUUCUAUUCUUUUCAAAUCUUUCAUUUUUCGUUCUUUCUGUUUAACUAAAUCUUACUUCCUGAUUCUGUAUUCAUUAUCUAUCUAUCUAUCUAUCUAUCUAUCUAUCUAUCUAUCUCUCUUGAUAUUAAACUACCGGGGACAAUCCUUCCUUUUUCUAUUUAAAGGAUUUUCCCUAUAUCAUUAUCUGGCAACCAUUUUUUUUUACAUCCUGAAUAUUUUCGGACGAGAUAAAUCUAAAAAAGCAUUUUAUUAA